GGUUAUAUCAAGCAAUCAUAUAGAAGCUAUAAAAUUCAAUUGAAAAUUCACUGCGGGUAAUAAUAUAAAGAGCUUGAAUUUACAAUUCUAGGUUUAUUGGUUUACUCGCGAAAAUAUUUUUCAUAGAAAUCAAAUGGAAAUUGGUUCAGUAUGGAAGUAUGUUCUUGCUGUAAUUUGCAUAGAAAACCUGAUAGUUGCGAUAAGACCAAAUCGUCAUAAAGCACGGAAGGUGCUGCGUCAUGAAGAUGAACUCAAUAAGGGUUUGGAUUUACAGGGUCACCUACAGCGGCAGUUCUUUGCGGACACUGCCUUAGCAGACAUAAGGAAGAAUGCUGUAGCCUCCCCCUUUUCGGCUUUAUUGCUACUGGUAGCACUAGCUAAGGGAGCAACAGGAGGCAGCUUACAAGAAUUAGAAGCCGCCAUUGGUUUUAAAAAGAAAGAGAUAGACGUACAUUUGAAACAAGUAUUUCGCGAUAUGAAGAUGAAAAACGCCAGUUUGUGUAUAAUGAACAAGAUGUACCUACAGAAAGGAGUGCAGUUGCUAAAGAUAUACAGACAGCGAAUGCAGAGGCUGUCCCUAACGAUACCCCAGCAAGUUGAUUUUAAUAGGAACAAAGAAACAGCCAAUUUGAUUAAUCGAUGGGUCGCCGAAAAUACGAACGGGAAGAUACCCAGCAUGUUAUCUGAAUACGAUGUGGGACCAUCGGAUGUAAUUUUUUUAAUCAGUACAUUAAAUUUUGUAGGCCAUUGGCAAUAUCCAUUCGAGGAGACAGUGGACAGGUUCAAUACGCCUCAUGGGGUAAAAUCUGUCGCAAUGAUGAAAAGGAAGGGUGUAUACAUGUAUGCUCAAAGCUCAAAUUUAGAUGCCGAAAUCAUUAGAAUACCAUACGUGGGUGGCGAAGUACACUUCUACAUAGUGCUGCCUCGAGAACGCAACAGUAUCUCCCAGCUGUUGGAGCUGGUGAAGGCUGAUCCUGAAGUGUUGGACGACCUGAAGAAGACUCGGCCGACAGCUAUGACUCUGAUCAUGCCGAUGUUUGAGGUUGUAGCGAAGUUCGACUUGGUACAGUUAUUUGAGGAGCUGGGCAUUCAACAAAUAUUCAGCGAGCGAACAGUCGGUCUGAGCGAGAUGGUGACAUCGAGCAGGUAUCAGCCGACUGAUCUUCGUGUGACCGGGGCCAUACAGAAGGCGUAUAUUAACGUGACGGCAAAAGGGACUGUAGCAGGAGCUGCAUCUGCUUCGCACUUUUUCUAUAGCAGAGAUACACCGCCAAUGACAGUCAAGGUAGACCGACCGUUCCUGUAUUUUAUAGUGGCGGCGAAGCAGCAGUUGUUUUCUGGUAUCGUCGUUGAUCCCACAAGAAAAUAAUAGAAGUAACAAGCCAUUUUAAUAAAAAUAUACAAAA